UUUUAAACCUAUGAAAAAAAAAUUAUUUUGAAAGGUUGCAACUUUGCUAUGGUGCUGCAUUCUAUUAGAGUGUGAAUCAAGAAAAAGAAUAUUAAGUAAACCUUGUUGGCAUUUAAAUGCAAUGGGCAGGCUAUAUUAAUGAAAGUGGGUUUUUCAGAAGAUGAUUUUGACAGGAUCUUUUAUGAUGCAGAGAUCAGCUCAUAUUUUUUAUCCAAUGUAUUUGCUACACUAUCAAAAAACUGAUGAUUUUACCCAGGAAAGUUCACACCAACAUCUCUUCAGAAAAUAAAUUUCAACAGACAGCUCCAAGAAAUAAGAAACAAUUGCCCUCCAUAAUUUGAUCAUUUAUAAUAUCAAGUGAGAAGAUGAUUGGUUAUAUGAACAGAAAAAAGAGCUAUCAUCUGACAUAUCAUAUUUUUAAUCUUUAAGGAAUGCAGAAGUUGGUUAUUGUCAAACAACAUUGUAUUGUGCUGCUGGUGCAAAUACAAAUUUGCACAGUAUUUGUAUCUUAGGUCUGUAUGCCUGACAAUACACUUGAAACUUGAAAAUCAUUGUUUACUGAUUAUUUGCAAAUCUUCCCUAAAAUGUGAACUAAACAUAAAAGGUGAGAUCUGCUGAAGACUAUUGUUUUUUAAAAAAAAAUGGACCUAUCUCUCUCUCUCUCUCUCUCUGUACACACACACACAUACAUAUAUAUUAUAUAUAUUUUUCCUGGGCCCAGCACGUUAGUGCAAUUAUAAAGAAAACAAGGCAGUGCAUCUACUUCCUGAGAAGUUUGCAAAGAUUCAGCAUGACAUCUAAAACUUUGACUAAGUUCUAUAGAGGUGUAGUGGAGAGUAUAUUGACUAGUUGCUUCACAGCCUGGUAGGGAAGGAGACAACUUCAAUGCCCUUGAAUGGAAAAUCCUACAAAAAGUAGCAGAUACUGCCAAGUGUAUCAUGGCUACAGCCCUCCCCCUCUAUUUAGCACAUCUACUGAGAGCACUGCCUCAGGAAAGCAGCAUCCAUCAUCAAGGACCCCCACACCCAGGACAUGUUUUCUUCUAGCUGUUGCCAUCAAAAAGAAAGUACAGGAGUCUCAGGGCCCACACCAUCAGGUUCAGGAACAGUUAUUAGCUCUCAAGCAUCAAGUUCCUAAACCAGUGGGGAUAACUUAAUUCACCCCAUCACAGAAAUGUUCCCACAACUGAUGGACUCACGUUCAAGGUCUCUUCAACCCAUGUUCGCUAUAUUUAUUGCUCGUUUGUUUAUUUUUUCUUUCUUUGCAGUUUGUUGACUUUUGCAAAUUGGUUGUUUGCCAAUGCUUUGUGGAGUCUUUCAUUGAUUGGACUUGAUGAGUAUCCCCACAACAAAAUGAACCUCAAGGUUGUAUAUGGUGAUAUAUAUGCACUCUGAUAGACAUGUACUUCGCAUUUUAUAUAUGCUACACUAUAUAGAUAUAUCUGCCACGAGGAAACGUCCCUGUAACUUAUCCAGUACAUCCAUACUCAUGUCGAGCCAGGUGCACUAACCUAGGUGUUUUUUUUCUCCAUCUCGUUGUUCAUUGCGAUUAUAAUUCGUUUCCAAUCUGGACAAAUUGCGGGUAAUUCAAGAACCAUCAUGUCUUCUUUCUGUAGGAAGAUUGAAAACACACAGUGCAUUCUGAGCAGGAACUUCGGGGCACUAGCACCGGUAGGUGAUGUGAGGGACGUUGGGUGACGGUGACCACAGCCGGGCGGGAGAUCGCCUGCCCCACUGACAGGACGGGCUCGGCCGGCCCCCGCAGUAAACAACCGCGCCGCUUUCACUUUCCCGACGCGUUGCUCGGCGUUAUGACGUAUCCUACACACCGGGUAGGGACGCAGCCGUCACUCGCAAUCGGGCUCGGUGAUUCUUCUCAGAUACUGGGCUGCUGACGUCUAUCGUCCUCUUCAUUUUUCUAAGGCAUUUGAAUGAGUGACUGAGGGACCUGCUCGCGGCUCCCGAUGAUGCUGCGGUCCUCCCGGCUCGGCUAGGUCGCCCGCCCGCCCGAGGUUCCCCCUGCGCGCACCCGACCACUUCUCCGCGUUCCCCCCCUGCAGGGUCCUGCGGCUGCCGGCGAUGUGGGUCAAACCCGAAGAAGUCGUGCUGGCCAACGCGCUGUGGGUGACGGAGAGAGCGAACCCGUACUUCGUGCUGCAGAGGAGGAAAGGGCACGGAGAAGGGGGAGGAGGGCUGGCUGGUUUGCUUGUGGGGACACUUGAUGUCGUAUUAGACUCCAGUGCUCGCGUUGCACCAUAUAGAAUCCUUUAUCAGACUCCUGAAUCCCUAGUAUAUUGGACAAUUGCAUGUGGUAGUUCAAGGAAGGAAAUAACUGAACAUUGGGAAUGGAUGGAACAUAAUCUAUUACAGACACUUUCAAUCUUUGAGAAUGAAAAUGACAUCACUACAUUUGUUAAGGGUAAAAUACAGGGUAUAAUUGCAGAAUAUAAUAAAAAUAAUGAUGUAAAGGAGGAUGAUGACACAGAUAAGUUUAAGGAAGCUAUUUUGAAGUUUCGUAAGCUCUUUGGGAUGCCAGAGGAGGAAAAGCUGGUUAACUACUAUUCUUGCAGUUAUUGGAAAGGUCGGGUUCCACGGCAGGGAUGGAUGUAUCUGAGUAUCAACCAUCUCUGCUUUUACUCAUUUUUGCUGGGCAAAGAAGCCAAGUUAGUGAUCCGAUGGGCAGAUGUUAUCCAGCUGGAGAAGAAUGCCACACUGCUCUUUCCUGAAAUGAUCAAAGUGAGCACAAGAUGUAGUGAGCACAUUUUCACUGUCUUCCUCAAUAUCGGUGAAACCUUUAAACUGAUGGAGCAACUAGCCAACAUUGCUAUGAGGCAGCUUCUUGAUAAUGAAGGCUUUGAAGAAGAUAGAUCACUUCCAAAACUAAAGAAGAAGUCUCCUCAAAAAGUUUCUGUUUUAAAACGGGAUCUUGAUGCCAGGGCAAAAAGUGAGCGGUACAGGGCUCUAUUCCGGCUUCCUAAAGACGAGCGUCUGGAUGGGCACACAGACUGCACUCUUUGGACACCGUUCAGUAAAAUGCACGUUGUGGGCCAGAUGUUUGUUUCUAAUAAUUACAUCUGCUUCACCAGUAAAGAGGAAAACCUGUGCAGUCUUAUCAUUCCUCUCAGAGAGGUCACAAUUGUGGAAAAAGCGGACAGCUCAAGUGUACUUCCAAGUCCAUUAUCUAUCAGCACAAAGAACAGGAUGACUUUCUUUUUUGCCAAUCUCAAAGAUCGAGAUUUCCUGGUUCAAAGAAUUUCUGACUUCCUGCAGCAAACAACAUCGAAAAUAUAUUCUGACAAAGAAAUGACAGGAAGUCUCAACUCUGAUGAAGAGGUAUUUUCAAGACAAAGCAGUAUUGUUUCAAGUAGCCCACAGAGAAGUCUCAGCUUCACCUCAGAUAUAAAUGAAGAACGGCAGUUCAUUUUCAAUGGGAACAGUACACCAAUAGCAACACAGACACUAAUGACAAUGUAUCGUCGAAAAUCGCCUGAAGAGUUCAAUCCUAAAGUGGCAAAGGAACUAAUGAAAGAACAGAGUUGGAAAAAUCAUUUUGCUGAAUACGGACGUGGAGUGUGUAUGUAUCGCACAGAGAAGACACAGGAACUUGUACUGAAGGGCAUUCCAGAAAGCAUGAGAGGAGAACUUUGGCUAUUGUUCUCAGGUGCCAUUAAUGAGAUGGCCACACAUCCUGGAUAUUACUCUGAUUUGGUGGAGAAAUCCAUUGGAAAAUAUAACCUAGCCACAGAAGAAAUAGAGCGGGAUUUACACCGCUCUCUUCCUGAGCAUCCAGCAUUUCAGAAUGAAAUGGGAAUCGGUGCUUUGCGGAGAGUACUCACUGCCUAUGCUUUCCGAAAUCCCAAUAUUGGAUAUUGCCAGGCAAUGAACAUUGUCACUUCAGUUUUGCUACUAUAUGCAAAAGAGGAGGAAGCGUUCUGGUUGUUGGUAGCACUCUGUGAACGGAUGUUGCCUGACUACUAUAACACCAGAGUGGUUGGUGCAUUAGUGGACCAAGGUGUGUUUGAGGAGCUUACUAGGGAUUAUGUACCACAGCUUUAUGACUGUAUGCAGUACUUGGGUGUUAUCUCCACGAUCUCACUCUCCUGGUUCCUCACUCUAUUCCUCAGUGUAAUGCCUUUUGAAAGUGCUGUUGUAGUUGUGGACUGCUUCUUCUUUGAAGGAAUCAAAGUAAUUUUCCAACUUGCUCUUGCUGUGCUGGAUGCUAAUAUUGAAAAGCUCUUGAAUUGUAAAGAUGAUGGAGAAGCCAUGACUAUACUUGGAAAGUAUUUGGAUAGUGUGACAAACAAGGACAGUACAUUACCGCCCAUCCCUCACCUUCACUCUCUUCUCAGUGAUGAUGGAGACCCUUACCCAGAGGUUGAUAUCUUCAAGCUUAUAAGGAGUUCAUAUGACAAAUUUGGCAGUAUUAGAGCAGAUGUGAUCGAACAAAUGCGGUUUAAGCAGAGACUGAGAGUCAUUCAGACACUUGAAGAUACAACAAAGCGUAACGUAGUGAGUGCGGUUCGAGCCAUUGUGACAGACACUGCAUUCACUAUAGAUGAACUGGAGGAACUCUACGUACUUUUUAAGGCUGAGCAUCUGACAAGUUGUUAUUGGGGUGGAAACAGUAAUGCCACAGAUCGCCAUGACCCUAGUCUGCCUUAUCUUGAACAGUACCGUAUAGACUUUGAACAGUUCAAAGGAUUGUUUGUACUACUUUUCCCCUGGUCAUCUGGUGCACAUUCUGAUAUACUAGCUAGGCGCUUAUUUCGACUACUAGAUGAGAAUGGAGACUCUUUAAUAAACUUCAAAGAAUUUGUCACAGGAUUAAGUACAAUGUGUCAUGCGGAUCUUGUAGAAAAAUUGAAACUGCUGUAUAAAGUACAUGUGCUUCCUGAACCAUCUUUCAAUGAACAAGAGGAUCCGGAUUCGGCAUUUGAAGCUACACAAUAUUUCUUCGAAGAUGUAACGCCUGAAACUGUUCAUGGUAGGCUUUAUGAACAAGUUACAGAACUUAAGUCAAGAACAAAAAGUGAAACAGAAGAUGGCUUUGUCACUGUAAACCUAAAGAAUGAGAAAGUGGAGAAGCAACAAAAUCCACGAGAUUAUCGACAUUAUAUCAGAAUGUGGGCGCAGGAAAGAGAGCCGAAGUUGCAAAAUAUCAAAGAAUUACCUAAACUGAAUCAGGAGCAAUUUAUUGAGCUAUGUAGAACUUUGUACAACAUGUUCAGUGAGGAUGUGAACGAGCAAGAGUUAUACCAUUCUACUGCGGCUGUAACCAGUUUACUUCUGGAGAUUGGUGAAGUAGGAAAGCAGUUCAUCGGUCAGACACUUCCAGAACCAGGCAGCAGUCAAGACAGUAAAAGCAGAAUACACCCGAGGAGGGAAAACCAACAUUAUGGACAAGGAGAUUCUUUCUGUGCUGUCCUCGAGAGGAUGGAUGAUGAAAAGAUGUCUUCCAGUGAAAUGCAAGAAAUUAAACUGGAUGAUAAUUCACCAAAAGAAAAUGGAAUUUCUUCAGCAAUGUUAAUUUCAGAUGAUGAAACUAAAGACGAUACUUCCAUGUCCUCGUACUCUGUGCUAAGUGCUGGCUCUAAUGACGAUGAGAAGCUACAAUGUGAGGACAUCACGGAGGACACAGUACUUGUGCGUAAUAACAAUGAUAACCCUCUUGCCAGGAGUAAUAACAUAGACAAAGACUGGGCUAUCACCUUUGAGCAGUUCCUGGCUUCCCUUCUGACAGAGACCGCUUUGGUGAGAUACUUCGAGAGGGCUGGGCUGGUGAUGCCCAGGAUUACAAAUGCUAAGAAUGUCAGAAUGAUGGGAAAGCAGAUCACGUCAGUAAAUGACUUUGAGAUUGCUCCAAUCUCAGGAUAAGGUGGUUUCUGCUACUUCAACAUAUUACAUCAAGUAAUGUUCUAUAACCAUGUAGACUGAUGUGUACAGUAGUUUCAGAAAAUUGUCUCAUGUACUGUUUCUUGUAUUGUAAAUUAUAAGAUGAAUUUUUCCCCUCCUAAACCCAUGUUUUGUUGCCAUUGGGCAUAAAACUUUAAUUUAUAAUAUAUAGAAAAUUGGAGCACCUGCACUUUUCCUUCAUGCUGCUUUUUAAACCGGAAGAAUUGUUUUUGUUAAUUAAUCAUUUGUGACCAGUGAUUCCUUGUAACUUUAUACCGUAUGUUGACCUGUGUCUUCUAAUGUUUCUGAAACCAUUCCUGGAAAUUUUCAUUUUUAUACUAGAGACCUGUUCUAAUAUGACUUGUUUUUUUUUCAAACUGAAAUUGCUAUUUUAAAUUGAUUUCUUUCCCAUGUUUUUAAAACAAUUCUUGGAUGUUGGCUCGACCUUUAACAUGAUAGGAACAAUAUACAGAAUAAAAUCAAAACGCCAGUUUAAAGCA